AUGGAUAUCGACUUCCACCCCGGUGUUAACGGGUCCAGUCCUUAUGUUGACUUCUACCCAUAUACACCCUCCGACACAGCAGGCUAUGCAUUCAUGGCCAUGUUCGGCGUUGCAACAAUCUUUCAUUUUGUCUUGAUGUUUCCAUUUCGUGCGGUAUACUUCACUCCUCUCAUUCUAGGAGGCGUUUGUGAAGCAUUCGGAUACUACGGUCGGGCAUGGUCCCAUAAAAGCAGAACGGAAAUCUCCUCAUGGGCCCUGCAAGAAAUGCUCAUCCUUUGCGCCCCGCCUCUCAUCGCCGCAACAAUUUACAUGGUCCUCGGUCGAGUCAUUCGCUCCUUCGGUGCCGAACAUCUAGUCAGCUUGAGUCCUAAAAAGAUCACGGUCAUCUUCGUAUUGAACGAUGUACUCACUUUUUGUACGCAACUAGGCGGUGCUGGAGUCCAAGUCACUGGAGACGCGAAUAUCAUGGCUAUCGGUAAGAAAAUCGUCUUAGCUGGUCUGAUUUUCUCCCUGGCUGUGUUUGCCUUCUUCAUUUGGAUCGCAGCAACGCUGCAUCGAAGACUUCUGAAAAAUCCUACCCAGAUUUUGAUCAUGAACGAGCUUCAUUGGCGGCGAUACAUGUACGCUGUAUACGCUGCUUGUUUUGCGUUGAUACUGCGAAAUCUUGUUCGAACUAUUCAGUUCGGGGCGAGUAAGGAUUCGGUUGUUAAUCAAAAGGAGUGGUAUAUUUACGCUUUUGAUGGAUUUCUUAUGUUCUUUUCUAUGGUUGUUUUGAUUUUCUACCACCCUGGUCUUCUAAUCAAGAAGGCUCGUCGGCUGGCGAAGGUUGCUGAUUUUCAUGAGCCUCUAGGGGUGCCGGAUAUUCCGUUAACUCAGUAUGAGCCACGGAUGAUGGCAACCUAG